CGGCGCGCAGCACGAGGUGUUCGGACACGGCGCCGGCUCCCACGGGUUCUCCUCAGCCUCCCUCAGAAUUGUGGUGUUGUUUUUUUAAGCCCCUCACUUCCGGUUGUUUUCUUGCCCGCUUCCGGGUGACUUGGGCUCGGCUUCCGGUGGCGUUUCCCAGGAGCGGCGCGGGGCGGGUGGCGAUGCUGUCAGCGGGGGCGCCCGGGGCUGGCGGCUCGGAGCGGCCCGGCGGCCGGUUCAGCGUGCUGAGCUGGGAGCAGGUGCAGCGGCUGGACCAGAUCCUGGGCGAGGCUGUGCCCAUCCACGGCCGGGGCAACUUCCCCACCCUGUCCGUGCGGCCCCGCAGGAUCGUGCAGGUGGUCCGCAGCCGUCUGGAAAAGAAGGGAAUUGCAGUCCAUAAUGUCAGGUUGAAUGGCUCAGCAGCUAGCCAUGUCCUACAUCAAGAUAGUGGCCUAGGGUACAAAGACUUGGACCUCAUUUUUUGUGUGGAUCUGAAGAGUGAGGAUUCUUUCCAGCUAGUUAAAGAUGUGGUCAUGGACUGUCUCCUGGACUUCCUCCCAGAAGGCGUAAACAAAGACAAGAUCACCCCCAUGACUCUGAAGGAGGCAUAUGUGCAGAAACUAGUGAAAGUAUGUAAUGAAACAGACCGCUGGAGCCUUAUAUCACUGUCUAAUAACAGUGGGAAAAAUGUGGAACUCAAAUUUGUGGACUCUCUCAGACGGCAGUUUGAGUUCAGCGUGGACUCCUUCCAGAUCAUAUUGGAUUCACUGUUACUAUUCAGAGAGUGUUCAGAGAACCCCAUGUCUGAGAACUUCCACCCCACAGUCACUGGGGAAAGCAUGUAUGGGGACUUUGGGGAAGCGAUGGACCAUCUCAGGAGCCGAAUCAUCGCCACCAGGAACCCAGAAGAAAUUAGAGGUGGUGGGCUUCUGAAGUACUGCAAUCUCCUGGUGAGGGGGUUUAAGCCCAAGUCGGAAGUAGAUAUGAAGGCGCUACAGAGAUACAUGUGCUCUAGGUUUUUCAUAGACUUUUCCGACAUUGGAGAACAGCAGCGGAAGCUUGAGUGUUACCUUCAGAGUCACUUUGUUGGGAUGGAGAGCAAAAGGUAUGACUGCCUAAUGACCCUGCACCGGGUGGUGAAUGAAAGUACAGUGUGCCUGAUGGGACACGAAAGGAGGCAAACUCUGAACCUCAUUGCCAUGCUGGCUGUGAGGGUGCUGGCUGAGCAGAACAUCAUCCCGACGGUAACCAAUGUGACCUGCUACUAUCAGCCAGCACCCUACGUCAGCGAAAUAAACUUCAACUACUACGUCACCCAUGUGCAACCCCUUCGGCCUUGCAGUCACUCCUACCCAACAUGGCUUCCUUGUAACUGAGCAUGGACAGCACUCUCCAGGAUCUGUAUUCCAGGGUGCUCCCUGGCCUUGGCAGCCUUCUGGAAGAACUGUGACAAGGCAAUAUACUGGACUCUUUCUCGAGAGUUUCUUGUUCCCAAGUUUGUUUGGAACUAGCUGUGUCUGCUGUACGCUGUGGAGAUUGGAUGUGCAGUGUUAUUGGAAACUGUAGAUCUGAGAUGUUUACAGGAAGACUUAUGAAUUAUGUAGGCAACGGGGGAGUUAGGGGGUUUGUAGGGUUAGACUAAAGGUAGAGCUGCACUGCCCUGAAAUGCAAAUCAGUCUGAAUUUCCUUUGGGUGCAGGAGGUGUUAAGGUUUGUGCAGACUCAUGGUUUCUGAAGAUAGAAGCCAGGGUGGCUGAUUCCUUUGAAGGACCAAAGAAUCCUGUUCUUAAGUGCCUGUAACAAUAUAAACACAAUUGUACUGUAAACCUUUAUUUUUUUGUUCUUGUCAGGGGCUAAGAUCCCUAAGUGCUUGUGUGGGGAUGUCUCAAGAUGAAAAUGUUUUGUUUGGGAUGGGAGGGGGUCAUUUGAUCAUUUCUAGUAACAUAACAAACAGAUGUUGGAUUGCAGGUGACGUAUUGCUAAGGCUUUUGGCAUGGCUUGCUGCUCGUGAAGGACUAGCUAACAGUAUCUAAUAGUAGUCAAAGCUGAGUGUCAGAGGUGGGGGUUGGCAUUGAAUGUAAUACCAGACACUGGGGUUGUGGAGAAUGCUGUUUAGAGCUUUCUGGAAAUGGGAAGCAGUAGACCCCCAUCCAAGUAUUCACUAAAAAGCUCCAAAAUUCUCAGCUAACUUGUGUACAUAAACAGUAACGCAGGGGAUGUGUUUGGGAGUCUGCCCCAGGUUCUACUAGUACAAAGCUGUACGUCUUCUAUGGAAUUGGGAAUGCUGCUACUUUUUGGCAUGCAGAGUGGUUUUAAUGCCCAAACAACCAGUGGCCAGCUGGGCUAUCUGGGAAAGACCAGGCUUGUCCUGAAGCACAAACCAACUAUUGGCUUGUCAAACCAUUAACUGUAGCAGUUGAUUUUAUGUAGGCUGGAGCCAGUUUUAGGUCAAAUGCUUCGAGCCCCAUCCCUCAAGUAUUCAGUUCAGUCUUGGAGUUCUAGCAGAUUCUUUUGAUGCUAGCCUGCCUUGGCGAGAGAAGAAAUCUUCCUUUCUCUGCCCUUUUGUCAAAAGCAGCCUGGUUUUUUCAGCUACACAAUUCCACAUCUGAGCAACAGAUUCGUAAUCUCAUUAGAAAUGAAACAUGACUUCUUUUGUGCCAAAAAAAAUACCACUUAAGUUUGGCUUUAGGAAAAGGUAUGUCUUUUUAAAAAAAAAAAAAAAAAAAAAUUCAAAACAAACCUUUAUGCCUGAGAGCAUUUUGGUGUAUCUUAUGCAAAUGUUCUGCCUUUGAAGUUGUGGUGUGUGUAUAGAGUACAAACAGUCCUGCCCUGAGUUGUCUGGAUUGCUUACCCAUUCUUUUGCAACAUCACAUUCUGAGACUUAACUAGGCAUGGGUUUGUGACGCUGGUACAACUGAGACAUGAGGCAUUUUCUGCUCAAAAAGAGAAGUGCGCAGCUCUGGGAGUACACAACACUAGUCACUUCAUGGUGCUUCUUCAAAGGCUAAUAUACUUGAGUAUUUUUACUAACUUGUUUUCUGGUUGUUAUAAAACUGUACCACAGCUGGGCAGACUGAACAAUCUAAUAAAGAUUAGAUACUUGGCAUAUGUAUAACCAGAAUUUUACCUUCUUGCGCGGGGAGAGUGUGCAGGGGAGGGAGGGUUGGAGCUUGUGAAUGCAUUUCUCUGAAUACUAACAAGCUUAAACAAAUCUGCCCCAACUUUGCUUCUUUCAUCUUUAUCCAGUAAGAACUGUGAAGAACAGGGCCCUGCCACUACCUGUCAGUUUGUAGGUUUAACAAUGACCUCAUGCUCUUAGAUUGUACAUGUUUAUUUACAUGAUACAGCUUAUGGGGUAAACUGCUACAUACAACUUCUUGAUGCCCAGAGCCUGCUUCCUGUUGCAAUGCCUGACGGAGGGGUUUCAAAUUAGUUUUUCCUUGUGCUGAAAAACUGGUGUAAAGGCUGUUUUUUGAAAACUAACUAGGAUCUCUAGACAUGCAAUCCUCACUCACUUUAAGGGGGGACCUGGCUUUGCACUCUUUACUAAACUUACUAUUAACACAGCUGAUCUGUAGCAUGCUGCACGUUUUAUUUAAUUUUACUUUAUUUUGGGGGGGCAGGGAGGCUUCUCUCAUAUUCUUUACCACAAAGGGUGAAGGUAGAUGCACUAAACUCUGAUCUUUCCAGGGCAGUGACAGAGCUCCCUCUUUAACAGAAUGUAAAGUUUCCCCACAACUGAAGGCUUGAUUGGUGGGGGGGAGGGGGACUUAAACUAAGGUUGCACUUUUGAUUUGUGGCGUGUGUGGGGUAUGGCACUCUUGUGAAUGGGAGUGGUUGAUUCCUUGCAGUGUGAUAUGCUACCACUUGUAGAAAAUCUGAAGAUUCCUAUAGUCUGGCACUCUUUUUUUUUUUUUUUUUUUUUAAAUUUGGUUUCAAAUGUACAUUUUUUUUCUGCAUCUGUAUCACUUGUCAUGCAAUGGGCUUGACAUAGACUCACUAGAUUCUUUAGAAUCUGUUACAAAUAAAUACAGUGUAUUGAAUUCA